UUACUUUUACAAGAAAAGUUAUCAUCGAACUUAAAACUUAAAUGGCUAGUAUCAAACAAACUAUUUGCAGGCUCUGCCUUGCGACUAUACCAGACAAAAAUUUCAAAGUAGUAGAUGAGUAUACUAAGGCCGUUUUAGAUAUUCCUUUGCUGAAGUUGAAAUAUGAGGACGGUGACAAACACGUAGUGUGUAAUCUGUGUUAUGAAAGGUUAAACGCUGCCUCAGAAUUUAAAUCCACUUGUUUGGACACGUACAACACAAUUAUUCCAUACGUAGAUUGUGAGAAAAUGUCUGGGCUUGACUUGAGAGAAAUUUAUAUGAAGGAGAACGGAAAAGUUAUUUCAUGCGACCAGAAAGUUUGUCAGUUGUGUAUGCAUCUAGUAACAAGUGAAUUUAGACGUGUACUCGAAGCGGAACUUGAUGUUAUCCUAAAAUUCGUUCCGGAAUUGAACACCUGCAUUGCCAAGGAUCCUGUUAUAUGUACAUUAUGCUUUAAUUCUCUGUACACUCAUAAUGUCUUUCUAAAAGAUUGCUCAAUUAUAAGUGACAAAGUUGGAGGUGUUUGGGACAGUCAAAUCGCAGACGGUGGAGCGGAUUUAUUCAUUAAAACUGAAAACUUGAGAGAAUUGGAAUUAGAAGUAGAUGGAAAAAUUAGAGGCAUUUGUGAUAGUUCAGUCGGAGAGAGCCAAACGGAGAUCAACGUAUUACCGUCUGGUUUAUUUAUUAAGACUGAAAACUUGGACAAAGAUUACGAUAUUAACGAGAUGGAAAUGUCGGUCAAAACUGAAUGUGUCGAGAUAAAAUCGGAAGAAGAUGAAGGCAGAAAUUACACGCUACAACCAAGCUUCACGGAUGUAAUAAUUAAGAAUAGCUACAAUGGAGAUGUAGAAGAAAAGGAGCUACAGAACCAAAACCCCAGUGUCUACAAAAAUAAUAAGAGUCGUUUCACAGCUGCUCAAACAAAAACCAAGAAUUCACUCUCAUCACGGAUGAGACACAAAAACAUAAAGGGAGCACGAAAGUACAAAAUAAAGGCCACGCAUCCUCUAGGCAGGCAAACGAUGAAAUGCAACGACUGCAGUUAUGAAACUAUUUACAGGAAAAACUUCGUGAGGCACAUAUUAAGGCACAAAAACGUCGUGCAAGCGCCAAAGUACACAUGCGAUAUGUGCAAUUUUAAGUCGAUGUACAAAGAAAGUCUCAUCCGUCAUCAAGUAUCACACAAAAGCACCUCGGAAACACACAUGUACAAAUGCGACGUUUGCGAUUACGAAUCAAGAUACAAGAAAAAUCUCGACAGUCAUCAGAUGACACACAAAAGUCGUUCGGAAGGGCCAAUGUACCGGUGCAGCGUUUGUGAUUACGAGUCGAGGUAUAGGAAAAAUAUCCGGUACCACGAAUUACGACACAAAGACGCCUCGCAGGUUCAAAUGUUCAGGUGUAACGACUGCGAUUAUAUAACCAGGUAUAAGAAUAACAUCGCCUCGCACGUGAUGAAGCACAGGAAGCUCCCGCACGAGUGUAACGACUGCGACUAUAAGACGACAAAUAAGAGCCAUUUGCAACGACACGAAUUGAAGCACAAAAGUGUCGCCGAAACAGAAAUGUACUCGUGCGAAUUGUGUGAUUACGUAACAAAGUACAAGGGAAAUCUUACUGGCCACCUAUUAAGACAUGAGAUUGGUGCCAAAGCACUGAAGUAUUCGUGCGAUAUCUGUGAUUUCGAAACGAAAUCUAAAGCAAACAUUAACAUUCACGAAUUAACUCAUAAAAAUCGUUCGAAAGCACAAUUGUACACGUGCGACACCUGUGAUUAUGCGACCUACCACAAGAGCCGUAUCACAAGUCACGAGUUAAAACACAGGGAUCCCACGCAGGUUCAAAUGUACAAGUGCAACGACUGCCAUUUCGAAACUAAAUACAAGAAAAAUAUCCUCUCCCACGUGAUGACACACAAGGAGGCUUUGGAAGAACGGAUGCACCAGUGCGAUAAGUGCGAGUACACAGCGAAAACAAAGAGGAACCUGCAACGACACCUGUUGCGGCACAAAACUGCUUCUUCCGAAUUAAUAAAGUACGAUUGCGAUCUUUGCGAUUUCCAAACGACUUCUAAACAAUACUUGAAGUUCCACCAGUUCAAUCACGAAACCUCCACGCAUUUGUACCAGUGCUCCAAGUGCGAUUAUAAAACUAAACAAAGCUAUUUGCUUGUGGCCCAUGAGGUGAGGCACAAAGUCGUUCCGGAAGCGCAAACAUAGGGAUGUUUUUUCUGGAUUUUUAGACAAAUGCAACAGUUUCAAGCACUGUCGGUGAAGAACCAAAAUGGCGGCGUACAAAGGGUGAGGGGGUGUUUUCAUAUUAAACUAUUCCAUCCGAGGUAUCUUCAGAUAAACCAAAUGGAAAUUAACAGAAGUUCUUCAACCAGUAUUAUAAUAUACAGUUGUAACUAAAGAAUUAUUAAGAAUGUAGAAUAUUAGAAUAAUAAUAUUAAAAAUAUUAGGAACCCGCUAAUUGUGUACUAGGCUAUGUAGUUAUAAA